AUGACUCCUCUGAAAAUUUCACUGGGUUUCAGUAUAAGCUUCGUUGUUUUGCUGGUUGGACUGCUUUUGAGAUAUUGCAUAGUCCUGAAAAUAGCAAGGUAUGUAUUACAGUUCAAAUAUCUCUUUCAUGAGCAAUUAGAAAAGGAACUGGAUAAAUAUAAUGGAUCUAUUAAGUUAGCAACCAGAAAGUUUAAUGGAAAAGAACUGGAAAAGGCCACAUCCAAUUACGAUGACAGCAGAAUCAUUGCUACCGGAGAGCAUGGAAAAAUGUAUAAAGGAUUUCUACAAGAUGAGAGAGUGGUUGCCGUAAAGAAGUUCAAGUCCGAAAACAGGCAUGUGGUGAGACUCUUAGGUUACUGUGUAGAUUCGAAACAACAAACCUUAGUUUACGAUUUCAUCAACAAUGACACUCUUUACAAGCACAUUCACGAAAAAAACGAAGGAUUGUCAACACUCUCAUUCGAAUCACGAAUGAAGAUAGCAGCAGAAAUCGCAGCGGCGCUAGCAUACAUGCACUCCUCCACUUCCAAUUCACCAAUCAUACAUCUAAACGUGAAUUCGAAAAGAAUACUAUUGGAUGAGAAUUACACGGCAAGAUUGGCCUACUUUAGAGCGGCAAAAGUUCUUCAAGGUAAAACUCAUGUACAAGGUAUCGUGCUAGGCUCAUCCGGAUACUUAGACCCUGAAAGUAUUCAAUCAAUCACGUCGUCAGAAAAGAAUGACGUCUAUAGCUUUGGCGUUGUCCUAGUGGAGCUACUAACAAGCCAAAAGGCGUUUUGUAAAGAGAGGCCUGAGGCAGACAAACACCUUGCAAGCUUGUUUCUUCGCUCGGUGGAAGAGAGUCGCUUGGGUCAAAUUCUUGAUGGUGAAAUAAUCAAAAGGGAAAAUCUUGAGACAGCCGAAAAAGCUGCUGAUCUGGCAAAACGCUGUUUAGGGAUACGAAACGAAAGGCCUUCCAUGAAAGAAGUAGCCACGAAGCUUGAGGUGUUGCGAUUUAUGGAAUGGCAUUAUUCAGCUUCUACGGGAAUGGCUAAGUUGAAUUUUUCUCAAUCUCCCUAA